AUGUAUCAAUUAAUAUUAAUGGUGUUAGUAUUAUGUGCUAGAUCGCAAGCUGUCAUAUAUAAACUCAACGAGAGUGAAUACAACAAAAUGCCACCUCUGUACGCAAUGGAUAACUACGAAACCUGCAUGAUAUACCCUGGGGCCACAUACUGUGUGAUCAAUGUAGACUUACAGGCCGGCAGUAAUAAAGAUCUCAUGAGGAUGAAACAGGAAUAUUCAGAUCACACAAUGAAACAUUUUAAUCACACGCAAAUACACCGAGGUGUAUGUGUUACAAGUACAUGCAAGGAUUUCUUGGAAAAUAACACAAAAAAUGAAAUGGACCUAGAUAAGGUCCUUGAGGCAUGCCUUAAUAACUCUGUACAUACAGGAUAUGGACUUGAAGGAAAACUAUCUGAUAUUCAAUAUUGUUACAAGAAAGAUGAGACAUUAGAAAUAGAUACUAGUGAUUUAAUUAUGGCUGUGGUUUAUUUAGUUUUAAUUUUACUCAACGCUGUCGGAAGCCUGUACGAUGUCAUAUGUUGUAACCAGAAAGAGAAAUCGGGUAAUCCAUACUUAUUAGCGUUCUCUUUGCGCAAAAAUUGGACGCGUUUAACAGCAUCCAGUUCAAACUCGAAGGAACCCAGACUUGAAAGACUGAAAUUAUUUAAUGGCUUGAGGACAAUGACGAUGUUUUGCGUGUUAUUUUCUCAUACAACUUUAAUGAUGUCAAUGAGUUAUGUAGAUAACCCUUUGUAUAUCGAGACAGCUUACGACGACCCACUAAAACAAUUACUCUUCAACGGUAGUCUUGUCACGCAUACCUUCUUCAUAAUGUCAAGUUUUCUCCUCGCGUACAACUUCAUGCUACAUACAGAGAAGCAUCCCAUCAGGUGGAUGCACUUGCCUAAAGGAAUUAUACUUAGAUGGUUAAGACUAACACCACCGUACGCUUUAGUGCUAGGUACUAUAGUGACAUGGAUGCGUCACAUGCACCAGGGUCCAAUGUGGGGUUUGGUAGUGGUGUCAGAAGCAGACGCUUGCAGGCAGUACUGGUGGGCUCAGUUCCUUUACAUCAAUAAUUACGUAUAUGAUGAUGCUUUAUGCAUGCCGCAGACUUGGUACUUGGCAGCAGACACACAGCUGUUCUGCCUCGGUCUCCUCGUCUGUGUUCUUGCUCGAACUUGCAAGGCUAGAGUGGUGACACUAACUGGCCUGAUGGUGGUUGCUCUAGCCAUUGUGGCUGGUCAGACGUACUUCCAAGAUUUAGAAGCUGUAGUUAUACAAUCGCCUGAGAGUUACCGCAAUUUAUAUGCCACAAACGAUACGUUCCGCCUGCUGUAUGCACGAGGACAUACUAAUAUUUCUACCUACGUACUGGGGUUGGCUGCUGGCUUCCUCACGUACCGUUGGCAGAAUGGAAAGGGUCUAGAUAAGUAUAAGAAAUACCGAUGGGUAUCGUGGGUGUGUUUCCCGCUGGGCGUGGCGGUGAUCCUGUCGGGGGGGCUGAUGUACCGCGACGAGGGCCGCCCCCCCACCUCCCUGCGCGUGCUGUACGCGACCCUCUACAAGCCGAUCUUCCAAAUGAUCGUCAUCGGCAUCAUCGUGCCCUCUGUCUUCAAACUUGAAAAUGUGUACCGCGGUAUUAUAGAAUGGCGAGGCUUCACCUGGACGGGCAGGGUCUCAUACAGCGCGUUCCUCCUCCACACGCUGUUCCAGCGAGGGCUGACUGGAGCACAGACCAGUCCUACACACAUGUCGGAUUACUAUGUGAUAACCGUACUAGCAGCGUCAAUAUUCCUGUCGUAUUUGUGCGCGGCCAUCUUGUGGUUGGUUCUGGAGGCGCCCGCAGCUAGCCUCAUACGAGCAGCACUCGCACCCAACAACAACAAACGAGAUGAUCAACCACAAUCCAAAGUGUGA